CCUACCCUCGAGUACUCGAUUCGCACGUCCGUGUUUGGGAACUUCUGGUUUUGCAACUCAAAGGAGCGUAACUCAUGACAUCUACAUUUUCGUAACGUUUACAUUAUGCGAUCAAAACAAAACAAACCGCAGUGAAACAACUUUGUUUGGAUGAGUUUAAUGAACUUGAACCAAACAAUUCGUUUGUUUACUUUGAAAAUCAAGUGAAGUUCAGUGUCGCAAUGUCGACAACGCGGCGAUCCGGCCGCGGUCGUAAACGGGAACCACCCGAACCGACCGUACCGUGCCGGGUUUGUAUGGUUGGCAAACCGCAAGAUCAGCUGGUACAGCUCUUUGACCGCAAAGUGCAGGACGGCGAAACGCUAGCGCACGUCCUGUCCCUGGUUGGCGCUGUAGCGGAACCACAGGAAGCAGACAAGAUCUCGAAGCUGUGCUGCCGGCGGUGCGUUCGCGAGCUGGAGACAGCGUACCAGCUGCGAGCGCUUUGCCAGGAGUCGGACCGGAAGCUACGCGAGCUGUACGCUGGUGAAGACGAGCUUGUGAUCAAGGUGGAACUCGACGGUGAAGCGGUGUAUCCGGUCGAUGUGGCCUGUAAAACCGAGGUGUUUACUCUGGAUGGUCCAGCUCAUGUGGAGAAUUCCGAAUUGGAUCUGGCAUAUCCAGAAAUUGAACUAACAGUAGAGGAACCUUCUCAACCCAACAUUGCUCCGACACCUGAGACGAAAGCACCUGACUCGGAGACCGACAAUGGCAACCUCGACGACGAUAGUGAUUCUGACUACCAGGAAGAAGUUCCAAAUGCUCCACUGGACGAGAAGGAAGACUCGAGCGACACUAAGGACAGUGUUUCAUCAGCCAAAAAGGCAAAACCAGAAUUCCCCGACGUGUUUGACGAGGUGCCGGCCAUCUCGUUCAUCUGCUGUGGGUGCAGAAAGCGGUUCCCGACGCAAGAGGAACUUCAAGCACACAGUCAAGCAGAACACGCCUCGAACCAACUGUCCGCGAGCAAGCUGAAAAGCCGGAAGCAAUGCGAAAUUUGCUACAAGAUAAUGCGUGACUUGCACGCCUUCGAGCUGCACAGACAAAUCGGGAAGCUCAACUACCGGUGCAAAACGUGCGGAGAAGUGUUCAUCAGUCGGACACGGGUCUGCACGCAUUCGCGGAAGUUCCACGGACCAAACCCAGUGGUAUCCGGAUCGAUUCAAGCCUGCUGUGGCUGCGGACAAAGCUUCGACAGUCCAGAAACCCUGAUGAACCACUCGGCAACGGUUCAUCAGCCCAGCAAACCCAAUCCGGACGAGAAACGGCCGUUUGUGUGUGAGAUUUGCUUCCACAACUUCCCGACAAAGCUACGAUUGUACGCCCACCAGAUUCGCUUUCUCAAGGGCAAAUCCAAAGCCCACCAAUGCGUUCACUGUGGCAAAACGUUCGCCAGUCCUGGAGUUCUGCGAGAUCACGAAACGUCCCACACCGGCCUCAAGAUGUUCCAAUGCACGGAAUGUCCCCGCACGUACACCAACAAAGACGCCUUCCGGAAGCACAAAUACCAACACCUACAACCGGAAGAUCGAUACAAGUGCAGCAUUUGCAACAAGUGCUUCAAACGGAAACCCACUCUCAACGAGCACAUGCUCGUCCACAGCGGAGAACGUCCCUUCGGCUGCCCGUACUGUCCGGCCAAGUUUGCCCGGCGGGGUUGCCGCUUGAGCCACAUCCGUACGCACACCGGCAAGAAAGACUUCCCCUGUCCCCAGUGUGAUAAACGAUUCCCGUGUACGACGGACCGCAAUCGACAUCUGAACUACUUUCACAACAAGGCGCGGCCUUUCCCGUGCUUCUUCUGUCCGAACCGGUACCCGAGGAAGGACUACCGGCGCAAGCACAUGGAGAGUGCGCACGCGGCGGAGAUGCUCGCAAAUCCGGUGCCGGCGAUCGAGCUGUCCGGUGGGAAUCGGUGGACGAAUGAGGCCGCGGCGGAGCGUGGGUGAAUUCGGAAUGGUUUUAAAAGCGUUUGAUUUAAAUUAUUUGUAGCUCGUGCUUACGUGAAUAAAUUUACAGUAAGGCUU